AUCAGAAAGUGACUUCAUUAUUUAGAAAAAGGAAUCGAAACCGAUCACUUAAUUAUCAGUUUAUCACUAUUCAUUACAAUAAUGGGUCAAAUCCCAAAUAGAUAUUGAAGCAAUAGAACCUACAAAUAUAAUUAGUAGUAGCCAGUUGGUAAUCUUUACAUCAUGGCAAAAUUAAAUAGAUUCAGCCAUUGUCUUGGUUUUCUUUGUAUAAUCACUCUAACACUACUUGCAAUAUCUCCAAAUUGCAAUGCAGCCUUGUUCAUCUUUGGGGAUUCAGCAUUUGAUGUUGGAAAUAAUAACUAUAUCAACACUAGUUUUCAGGCAACAAAAUUCCCAUAUGGCGAGACAUUCUUUGAGUACCCAACUGGGAGAUUUUCAAAUGGUCGCCUUGUUCCUGAUUUCAUAGCUGAAUAUGCGAAGUUGCCAUUCAUUGUACCAUAUCUUCAGCCUUGUAAUCACCAUGAUUUUAAAUAUGGGGUCAACUUUGCAUCUGCUGGAGCUGGUGCCCUUGUUGAAACUCGCCCUGGAUUGGUGAUUGAUCUUAAAACUCAACUUGGUAAUUUCAAGAAUGUUAGCAAACUUUUAAGGGAGAAAUUUGGAGAUGCAGAGGCUGAAGAUUUGUUGUCAAGAGCUGUAUACUUGUUUAGCGUGGGAGGCAAUGACUAUUUAUUCCCAUUUGAGACAAACUCUAGUGUUCUUCGAACCUAUUCACCCGAACAAUUCGCAGGACAAGUGAUUGGCAACAUAUCUGAAGUCAUUCAGGAAAUUUACAAAAUUGGAGGAAGAAAGUUUGCGUUUCCAAGUAUGUGGCCUCUGGCAUGUUUUCCAUUCGCAAGAGUAAUAAAAGGUGGAGAUUAUGGCUGCUUGGAUCAAAUAACACCAUAUUUAAAAUCACAUAACAAACAACUCUAUAAUCUUCUCCAAAAUUUCCAAAAACAUCUCAACAAAUUCAAAUACUCACUUUUAGACUUUUAUUCUUUCUUAGAAGAACGAAUGAAUCACCCUUCUAAACAGGGUUUUAAAGAAGGGAAAGUGGCAUGUUGUGGCAGUGGCCCAUACAGAGGAGAAUUUAACUGUGGAGGAGGAAACUUUAGUUUAUGUUAUAAUGCCAUUGAAUAUGUGUUCUUUGACUCUGUACAUCCUUCUGAAAAAGUAUACGAGCAAUUUGCAAAGCAAGCAUGGAGUGGAAAGCUCAGCCUCAAAGGAUCUUAUAGUCUCAUGGAGCUAUUUGAAUCAAAUCAUGAUUUAGUGUAGUGCUAGUUACUUUUAAAAUGACAAUAAAUUUUCAUAUUAGAGUAGUUAUUUACAACUUGAAUGAUGUAAGUGAAAAUGAUUGGCUUAAAGUCAAAUAUCUCUAUGUAUGGUAUCCUUAAAAAGAGAGAUCCUUCCCUGUUUCUGUACUGCAGGUGGCAGAUCAUUGUCAUUUUUAAUCUUAUUUAUCAAAGACUUAUUUGAAAAAUAAUCCAUAUGUAUAAAAUAAUCUUAUUGAUAUUCUACAACAGUUUGGAAUUUUCUAAGGCAGAAAC